CCCUCCCCCCCUGGAGCGAGACUCCUCCUCCCCACCCCGAGGCCCGGCGGCGACUGGGUCGGUUGGGACAGAACCAUGGGGGAGAAAAAGCCUCUGAAUCCUUCGCCCAGGUCCCGCAGGGGCGCCCGCAGCGAUGUGAGCGAGAUCGGGGACAUCCGCCAUCUGUGGACCACGGCCACCCUGUCGCAGUCGAAGCUGGUCACGCCGCUGGCCAACGUCUGCGAGCUCUCCGACAUGGAGUGCGUUAGCAUCGGGAGCAAGACCUACACCGCGAGGAGGGCCGAGCACGACUCGGACCUCGGCUGGGAAGAGUCCGAUUACGGGGUGGACAAGGACAGCUUCAAGCCCGACCUGGACGAGCAGACCUCGCUGAAACUGGCUCUGGACCGCGGCAGCUACCUGGGAAGCUUCCGUUUGGAGGGGGACGAGUCCACCGGAAAGUCUUCCUCAGGAUCAUUAAGCAGCAACUUGAAGCAGAAACCCCAUCAAGCCUACUGGAUGGAGCAGCAGAACAGGCUGCCGCUGCCCCUAUUGGAACUCAUGGAGAGCGAAGCUCUGGAAAUCCUUACCAAAGCCCUCCGGAGCUACCGGUCAGGAAUCGGCAGGGACCACGCCCUGACCCAGCAGCUGCAGCGAUACAUCGAGGGGCUCAAGAGGCACCGGAACAGGAGAACGCACGUCUCCGCGCGCUGAGAGCACCGCCUGGGUCUCGAGGGACCGCCCGGCUCCAGCCCCUUCCCUGUCCCGUCCCCUGACCCAAGCCCGACCCUAUUCCGUGGAAUUUGAGCCCUAGAGAAAUGAAAGAGUCCGUGCAUGGUCCGUGAGUCAGUGCGUUUCUGCCCGC